GCGAUAUUACCGUUUAGUUGCAGGUUAAUCCCUGUUUUGGAACAGCAGUUAUGCAUAAAAAAAACAUACGCACCCUCAUUCCCAUGUUGCCAGUUACACGGGCACGUACCUUGUAGCUUUGGACGUCAAACAUCCAAGCACUUAACGUCGACAUCAAUCAUCUACAUUCCAUUUUAGACACCCUUCCGCCGAAGAACCUGCAACGAAACCCGCCUCUCGUUACGUGCCAAUUGCCGGCGUCUCCUACGUUGCGAAUAUAUAGUGAACAACGUCAAUCAUGACGUGGAUAUCCAAUACCAUCACCGUCUUUGGCGGCCUUCUUCUCGCCCAUGCAUGCUAUUCGGCCCAGGAGCACGCAGCACUGCAAUCCUUCAGGGCGGCGGCCACAAGCACACUCACCUCGUCUACUCCGGUCGCAUCGUCGCUUCCCGUGGAUAUUGCCAUCGAGACCAUUGUCGCAACCCUAGUUAUUGUGCUUGGUCUGGUCCUGGGAACGCGCCCGCUGCGGCCGAUUCAAUGGCGCGUCUGGGCCGGCAAAAUUGAGCGGGAAGGGGAGGAGGGCUUCUUGGGCAACAACGGAGAGGUGGAAAAGGACUACAUGGGCAACCCCUUCACCUAUCUGGAAUCCCGGCCCAGCUUUGUCGACAUCCGCAGGCAGCGAAAAGAGUUUGCUGAAUGGAUCAAGAACGGUGGCGGCGAUGCCGGAAAGAAGUGAAGAAUCCACGAGACGGGGUUGAAUCGGAGCCACGCGACCUAUGUUGAGUUGAUGCUAUUAAUCUAGGCCAUGGGGUAUAUGCACGGAUAAGUUGUGAUUGAUUCAAACUGAAGAGCAUAUUGUUCACAAGGGCUUUAGCGAGCCAUCUACCUGAUUUGGGCCUCCUUGUGACGGUGGCGCAGAUGCAUCAUUUGUUGCUCCACAGCUACUCUCAGUGCUCCUUCCCAAGCUACUCUUGUGGCCAGGAUGGGAGGAUAGGUAGUUCCUGCCUUGAGCGGCCUUGCUGGGACAUGACACAUUGGACUUUACACGCCCAUGGAGGCGUUGGUCGACUCCCCGCCGUCCCGUCUCGACUGAAGUUUCUCUUCAUCGGAAGAAGGUGGAAUCGAUGACACCGACACACACAUACACACAGCUCCAUGCCCUUCGUAACUUAGUUUCACAGGUGCUGACGGCGCUCAUCCUUACCUAUCCAACAGUUAUUAC